AUGCAGCUCAUCUACAACAUUCUCACCUUCGCCGUCCUCACAUCUGCCCUCCCGCCAUCAGGAAAGCAGAAUCCCAACCACCCCCAGCAGAUCGGCAGAGACGGAGCCCUGAUGACAGCCGGCCAAUGCCACAACGGCCAGCACUACUGCUUCAGUGCGAUCAUCGACGACCUCAGGGCAGCCAAACAAGACAUCCUCCACCAAUACUGCAACCAGAAGUACGAGAGCGACUGGCAGAGCUGCAAUCGGUGCAAGAGGCCGUGGGCCAUGUCUGACUGCUGGGAUGGGCCGGGAGUGUGGGCGAGCGUGUUCGAGUGUACAGGUAUGGAGACGUAUAAGUGGGUGGGGAGGUGCGAGGGCAAGGGUUCGGUAUGCUCUGGAGGAACUUGUCGCUGGGCGAAGGUUGAUGGCGAUGGGAACUUAGCGCUGGUUGGGAACUUGACGCUCACGACAUCAUGA